AAUUUAAUUAUUGACAGAGCUAUAAAAAUCGUGACAAUAUUUUCUCUUUAGUUGUACACAAAAUUCAAAUAAGUCCACAAUUUUAUUGGUUACUUUAACUACAACGGCAGUAUGAAAUUAUUUGUUGGUGUUUUAAGCAUUUUCCUGACUAUUGCAGGUUGUAUAAAUGUGGUACCGUCAACACCCCAACUAAUUGCUCCGCGUACCGAUCAGACUUUAGCUAGUUACUUAUUGCAAAAUCAUGCUAUAGUCACGGCAACAGAUCCAAACCUAUCUAAGCAAUGUUUUAAUAUUUACCUGCCAUUACUUCAGGAUGCAGCCGAAGAGUGGUCCUCUGAUUAUAAUUCUUGCCUUACUACAGCUUCUCAGCAGCGUGAUUAUUAUAUCGAACAAAUGGAAGAUCAACGAAAUGAAAUUACGACUACAGCAACUGGAAUUUGCAGUGACAUCAAUGCAUGCAUUGCAACCAAUCAAACGUUGGAUUUUUUUAAUUGUUUUUCCGCUUUAAGUCCCGAAGUGAUUGGCACUGUUUAUACCAUAUCAAACAAUGCCUCCGAUGAUGCUGCUACUUUGAUGCAGGAAUUCAAUUUACUCGAAGCUAAUAUGUAUAGAUGCACUAAUGUUAGCGAACGUACUUAUGUUCAGCAAACAACCAAUGUAUAUGACGCACUUGAUUAUUGCUUGCAAAACGGUUUACCGUCUACUCUUAGUACAGAAGCUACCGAAGGAACAUCAAUAACGUCACCUUCAGAUGAUGAUGUGUCUGUAUCUACAGUUUCGGGAGGAACUACAGUCUCUUAAGUUCUCGCAUCCUCGAAACCC